GUGGAUAUCCAAACAGUUAUAAAAACAAAUUGCUAUGCAAUUUUUUAAUCAACCGAAUAUCCUGAUUGUUAGGUAGUGUUAUUGUGUUCUAUUAUUUUUAAUAGAGCAAUCUUUUGCACGAAGGAUAAACGAAGUGUUCAUCACUGUUUAAUGUAAUGCUGUACUAACCUAAUAAAAACGCUUAAGUUUUAGAAUCGUUUGAAAUAAAAACCUAGCAUUGACAAAUAUCAGAUAUGCUAAGUGAUACUCUUCUAAAACAGUACCUUCUCUAUAUCAAUAGAAACACCUAUCUACAGAAACUGAAAUGCAUACAGUGGAAGAACAAAAAGGCACCACACAAAGAAGCAUAUCGUCCCACACCAGUGGAGCAUGUUGCAAAUAUCAUCACGCAUGGCAUCUGGAUAAUACCUAGCAUCUCAGCAACACUGGAAUUAAUGAGCAGAUCUAAAGAUACCGACCACAUGCUCUCGGCUAUUGUGUAUGGAGCAACUCUCAUAUUUGUAUUUUCUAUAUCUACGUCUUUCCAUUGUGUACAUUUCUGCAAACAACACGGCCAACUUAAAGAUGUCCUCCAUCGAUGUGAUAGAGCCAUGAUAUACGUCUUUAUCGCAGGAUCAUAUUUUCCAUGGCUCACGCUCGAGAAACUUCCACACGAAGGAUGGGCUUCCCAGAUGCGGUGGAUAGUCUGGUUCUUAGCCAUAUUAGGUAUCACCUAUCAACAGAUCUUCCAUGAACAGUACAAAAUGCUCGAAACAAUAUUUUACCUUGUCAUGGGUGUUGGACCGGUGUUUCCUAUCAUAUGUGAACACACCUUCAAGGGUAUAACAGAGCUCUCUAUCGGCGGCCUGUUGUACAUUGUAGGUAUAGUCUUCUUCAAGAGCGACGGACGGCUUCCAUUUGCGCAUGCUAUCUGGCAUUUGUUCGUCGUUUUGGCGGCGUACGCUCACUACUAUGCCAUCUUGAAUUAUCUGUAUCCUCUACCCACGACGGAAUGAUCUUACUGCCAAACUGAUUCUAUUUUUAAGAACUGGAAAUGUAGCAGUUUGCGUAUUGCCGUAUUGAGUUGGUCGAUGAAAAAGAUACUGCGAUGAAAAAAGUGCAUGGCACGGUAACUGUUAUCUAUGUAUAUGAAAAAGUGAAGUUAAAAUCAAGUAUACAUUUUAAAAAUUUAUAUUAAAAAAUAUUGUACUAUAGAUCUGUUAACAGUUUUUGGACUUAAAAUGGCAUUUACGAUAGUAAAUAACAGACUUAAAUAAUUCCACCGAUCGUACACAAUGUGCAUUUCAAAUUUAUUGCACAUUCACAAUUAUAAAAUAAAUUUUUGGUUCUGUUUACAGUUACAUGUCAAUUAUUACAAUGUGUGAACAUUGUUGAGUAUUAUUAGAGCUAUCAGCUCUUUUGUAACCUGGAUACAACUUGGAUCGUCCUUGAUGGGCAUAAUGUCGCCUCGGUUACCGGUUUUCCUCGCAUUUCGUCUUGUCCAUUCUAGAUGUUAAAGGGGUGUUUUACAUUGUAGACCUUUCCACAUCGAAAUAUCUGAUCGGAAAGAUCAUUUAUAAUAUAAAAUUGUAGACAUACCUACUACCUACACAUAUUACACAUAUUAUGUACCCUACAUCUAUGUUUCAGUCGAAAAGAUCUAGACGUCUAAGAUAGCCUAUUAUAGUAGAAUCUCCCUAAUCCGCCAGUAUUAAAAACUAGAGAGUGCUGGAUGAUUGGAAUGUUCGAAUUACGGGAUUGUAAGGAAAAAUUCACAAUACAUGAAAAAAAGCAUUCCAUAAAGGGUAUAGGUACAACGUAUGUAUUUGUGUUCAUGUUCUACACGUUUUUUAUAAUUGUAACAUAUUUCACAUUUAACUACUACAUAUCUAACACUGUUCAAAAAAUCCUUUAUUGAGGUUUUUUCGUUUAAUUUGUAGUCCUUGUUUAUAAAGUUCUUUUUGGCAUGUUUCUCUGUUCUGUUUCUUCGGUCGCUUAAAACAAAGAGACUUACAAGAUCUUAUGUAUCUUCUUGACUUAUGCCGAAUCUUCUUUCGGAUAAAUUUUGAAACCAAUUAGUAAUAGGUAGAUUAUCUUCAGGACCACAUUUUUAUUUGUUUGUGAUAUAGCAUAAGUCACGUAAAACAGAGUUCCAUACGUGAGCUAGAGAAAAUACAAUAUCCUUCAAAUUCAAUUGUUUGAGGCUCUGCUUUUUCACCACCCUGGCAAAUAAUUGGAUGGACAAUUUAUUUUUAUACAAGAACUUGCCUUUUUGGAUACCAUUUUGAUCCAUUAGCUGCAAUAAAAGUAUGCAGUUUGGUGGUAGGAGGUGGUUGGGAUAUUCCCAUCCCUUGAUCUAAGUUCUUAUUCAUUUGGGUGGCCUGGAGUGUUGUGAAGUAUGGUUAAAGCUUUUAUGGACACGUUAGAUCUUUUAAUAAGCUUCUUUACUUCUAGGACAAAGGCUACGGAACCAUUCAUUAAAUACCUUUCUCCAGACCCAACUUUUAAAUUGGUGCUUGCAGCAGACUGACCGACAAGUGUUUUUGAAAGCUCUAUGUGGAUUUCUUGCUUUACAAAUCAAUAAGAAAUCACAUUUGUCGGUUCCAGUAGAGUUUCUAAACCAUACCACUCUCGUCUGCAUUAUAGAUUUGGCCAUGAAGAGGACUCAGUUCUUCUACCUCAGGCAGAUCUUUUUAAAAUGCUGGAAAAUGGCUGUACUGCAGAUUCGUUCCUUGAUAAUUUUUCACCUGAUAUAGCUAACAGAUGGAUACUAAAUCGCAUUUUAAAUUUAUCCAUCCACCCAAACCGGGAGUCACGGGAGAAGGAAGCCAUAGUGUUGGCUUCAAGUGUUGGCGCAUAGUUACUCUGCAGUUGAUGACACUAUGUUCGGCCAUUUUCACAUAUCCUACAUGUUGCUUCGUCCACUUUACCCAUUUUAUAGAGAUUUAUCUGAAUGAGGAGUAUCCAGUGAGAACACGUUUGAUUACCAUGAGUUCAGUCUUCUAAAGAACUAACAGCAGCUUUGUUUAACCAGCAGAAGUAAUAAACUUUUUAUAAAAUCAAUGGGAAAAUCCCAAUAGUUUGCUGCAUACAAUAGUUUAAAAAAACUCAUACAGAAGUAAAAACUUCAAGUUGUAUACUGGUAUAAAAUUUUUUAUUAAAAAACUUCAUAAAAUGUCUUGCAAAACGUUUUCGUUCUAAUU